AGUCUAUCCAUAGUGAUUUGAUCUAUUACCAGUUCCAAGAUGAAGACAUUCUUGAUUGUGCUUUGCUUUGCUGCUGUUGCUGUUAUGGCUGACAAUGAAUUGACGAGAAAACGUCGGUUUCUCCUUAGCGGUAUAAGCAGUGUUGUUGGAAGUAUUCUACAGCGUUGCUCUCAUGAGAGCGAGUGCGGCCCAAACAAGUGUUGUCUAAUGGGGAAAUACUGCUCACCUAAACUGCUCUUCAAAUAUGCGACGUGUUAUACUGCUGGAAUUACCAAUUGUGGAUGUCGUGAUGGACUUGAGUGUCGAGUAACCAAGGAAUUCACCAUUUUGGGACAAACAAUCAAGCUUAAACAGUGCAUGGAAUCAGGUCGUUCUCUGGAAGUAGAAAGACUCGAAGACGAAGACAUGCAAGCAAUGUCCAAAGAAUCCAGACAAAAAAGAUUCUUGAUUGAUCGGUGCUCCAAGGAAUCAGACUGUGGAGACAACAGAUGCUGUUUAUUUGGAAAAUUCUGUGCCAAAAAGCUUAGCGAAGGAAUGACRUGCUACUUAGGGAACGUUCAUAAGUGCGGAUGUCAAGAUGGUCUCGURUGCAAAAUUACAACACAAAUUACCAUACCRAUCAUUGGUCACAAGAUUCCCAUCAGGCAGUGCGUACGAGACUAAUGAAAUGACGUCACAGUAGCCACACGAUAUAGCAUGAAACUUAACCUUUCUCAAGAUGUUACAUUCGCUAAUAAUUAAAAAAAUAUAUACUCUUU